CUAGCCUCUUUUAGGGUGACUGUUCCUGAAAGGUGUUUGCUGGCAAUCCGAGGUCGUCCAGCUGUACUGGGCUGUGAGUUCACACCUGAUCCUGACCUGUCCAGUCUGGUGGUUACCUGGCAACGUCAGGAGGACUCACGAGUCGUCCACAGUUUCUAUUAUCAACAGGACAAAUUGGACAGACAGAGUCCAGAAUAUCACAAUCGGACCUCAUUGUAUAUUUCUGAGCUUGGUAAAGGAAAUGCCUCUCUAAGAAUGCAUCCAGUUGGACCAAAGGAUGCAGGCCGGUACCUGUGUCAAGUGAGCAACGCUAAAGGGACAGGAAAAGCCCUGAUAGAACUGGACUAUGGAGCCUUUUAUUCAGAGCCCAGGUUCAACAUUCAUGUGAACUCCACUGCUGUGACUGUACAGUUUGAGACAGAGGGUUUCCCCAAACCUGAGGUGAUCUGGCUGGGGGAACACAACCAGAACCUCAGCUAUCACCUGGAGAUCCAAGACCAGACAGAAGAUGGACUUUUUUACAUGAAAAGCAGCUAUGAGGUCCAGAAGCCAGUGGUUAAUGUCACAUUUACACUAAAGAACCACCUCCUGAACCAGAACCUGCAGAGAUUGGUGUUCCUCAGCUAUGUUUCAGAUGAGGAUGGAGAUGGAAGCACUGCAAUCAUUAUUCUCUCAAUACUGAGUGUCAUUCUUUUUGCUGUUGUGAUGUUUUUACUAUUAAGAAAACAAAUAAAGCCCUACCUAUGAUC